GACAUAACAAACGUAAACACAGAAAUGUCACCGUGACUAGUGCAAGUGCUACACACUACUACACAGUCAAAUACGCGUAAUUUUUAAAGUGCAAUACAGUUUAGAGCGAAAGAAAAAUGGAUAUCCCCGGCUUUUUGUACGCUGGAAUGGUAGCAGCCGGUGGAGCUUUGGGCUACUACAAAGCAGGAUCAAUACCAUCGCUAGCUGCAGGUGUUAUUUUCGGAGGGGCCUUGGCCUUCGGGGCUUUCCAAGUGCGAAUAAUGUCGUGCAACGAAGCCGUUUUGAAAUUUUUGCAAGACCAAAACCGCCCCUACUCCGCCUCCGACGUCCACGGAGCAGUGAAAGGAGACUUCGGCAAACCGGCCGUACAGAAAUCGCUGGAAUUCCUCGCCAAAAAGGGCGAUAUCAAAGAGAAAACCUACGGGAAACAGAAGGUGUAUUGCAUCGCCCAGUUAACCGGACCCGCUUCGGCCGAAUUCCGCGAAAGACUGCUCGAAAUGGACAGGGAAAUCAACGAAAAAACCGCCCGCCUGAAGGAGCUGGGCGAGCAGUGCAAGAGCAAAUCGAAAUUGCUGGGCGAGAUCCAAGGGCAAGUCAGCGUGAGCGAAGCGAUAGAAAGGAAACUCAGCGUGGAACGCGAAAUUACCGACGUACAGCAACAAUUAAAGCAAUACGAAGGUGCUGUACUGAUUGAGCCGAAGAAGAAAAACGAAGUACAAGAAAACUUCGAUAAAUACACCAGCGAGUACAAGAAGAGGAAGCGACUCUGCACGGACAUGCUCAACGCCAUUUUGGAAAAUUACCCGAAAACGAAGAAACAAUUAUUCGACGACAUUGGCAUCGAAACCGACGAAAGCGCCGGUUUCACUCCGAACAUAAACACCAAAUAAAUGUUCAAAUUACGACUCGUUUGAUUAACAACACACUCACCCUGCUGAUGAUGAUUCCCGCUAUCGAUAUCCUGAUUUUGGGCCCUUUGAGCAGCUUGUACCUCAAAUCCACGCCGUUCCAGAACGAAACGAAGUACCGUUUGAUGUGCACGUUGUCCCCGCCGUGCAAUCUAUACCCGUCGUAAUCCACGAUCACCAAUAUCUCCGGGUAGAUCGUGUAGGGCGCCUCCCGCUUCUUCCUAUCGCCGCCGGCGCUCCUCCUGAACCUCUUCGCCAAGUGAUCGGGCUCCAUCAGCGCUGCUCGAACCGAUUACCUUGUACAAUCCAUCGAUCGUUUAUCGAACGUCACUCACCGUAAUCGCCCGUGCCGUCGUCCUCCUCCUGUUUCCUCCUGUAGACGAUGUGAUGGUGGACGUUCUUGUUCCGUCUGAUGGGCAGGCCGGUGUCGAUGGCCACCUCGGAGUUGAGCUCGCCGUCUUGGUCCAGGAACAUCUCGUCGUCGUUGACGCUGUCCAGGUCGGUGUCGUUGGCGCCGCCGGUCGUUCGGUUGUUCUUCGAUCUGAUGACGGAGCCGCGGAGGCGCGCCGGCAGAGGGCGGAUCACCAGGUGGGACCCGAUGCUCCCUUCCUGCGGCAGGUUUAUUGG